CAAAGUCUCACUCUUAUUUUCUUUACUUGCGAUUUAUGCUGUCCUCACAGUACUAGCAAAAUGAGGCAGGUUUUUUGGUCAAUAACUGCUCUAAUUUCUCUAGCUGCCAUUUGUGGCGUAGCAGAAAGUAGAACCAUUGCUAAAAGAGAAGCAGCUCAUCCCCAUAUAGACCCUCAUGUAGAAGAAUUCAUGGCUAACACCAUAAACAGAGAAAAAAGGAAAGUCGAAGUAGUAACGGGAGUGAAAAAUGCUGUACUAGGAUUUGUGUUUAAUGGUCCUCAUUCCAAAGGUUUUGCCUGGGAAAUAACGACUACCCCAAAAGGUCCUACUACGACUGAAGACAUUGUCAUUUUUGAACCAGGAAAACCAGUCUCAUUGGAUAUUCCAGGGCAACUUUUUGGGUCUUCUUUCACGUUGGUAACCAACUUAUCUACCACUGUAGGAGAUUUCAUGAUUAAUUCUGCCCUAAGAACACAGCGACUGCUGGAGUCAAUGAGACCCUUCUUGAGGAAAGUGUUCGGCUCCAAAGCUAUUGUAAUCGAAGCUACAACGGACAAACCCAUUUUUUCUGAUCCUAACUCAGUUUAGCCACCUUUAUCCCGUUGUUGUGAUAUAUGUUUAAGUAGAAUUGCAAUUUUAGCACGUUACUUGUAGCUGAAGUAGAUAGUUUGCCUAUACAUAGACACAAAUUUUACUGAAUAAAAUAAUUCCGUUUUGUCUGAGGACAUUAAGUUGUAGUAUAUUUGUUAUUUGGAAUAAUAUUUAUUGGAGUAGUUAGGUCACCAAAUAUGUUAAUAUAAAAGGAUUUAUGAACUAAAGAUUAGUUUUCUAUAAUUGAAAUAAAGUAUCUGAGACUAGAAAUAUUUUUCGUCCCAAAAUUAUAAGAAUUUUUUCUGACAAUUAACUGAUAAAAUAAUUUAUCGUCAAGGUCCCUAGUUGAUCUAAUUCAAAUUCAUGUUCAUUUCAAUAUAAAAAGUAAACUCAGAUCUUUAAAUAAUUUGAAAAAAUCCGAUCUAUAGUUUUUGUUACCAUUUGCUCAAAAGGGAAGCUGUAUUUAUUAUAAAUUCUAAAGCUAUUUAGCUGUUGUAGUUAAACUUGUAAUAUUUUUAUUUUUGAAACACUGGAAAUAUAAAAAUGUACCAAUUUAAUCAAGUCUCAUUGUCAGUUACUUCACAGUAUAAAAUAAUUUUCGUUUUCUGUUUCUCUAUUAACUCAGCCAUUAUUGAAUAAAGUUAAGCAAAAAAAAUAUUUUCAAGAAAUGGUAUUAAAAAUUUUUGAAGUAAAGUAUAAGUUUUAAGGAAAAACUA